CUCCAUCUUCCUCUCUCUCUCUGUCUCCUUCCCCAUCUCUCUCCCUCUGCAACUACCUGGGCUCUAUUCCCUCACCAAACAGCCAUAUUGUGUUCAUCCAUCCAUCCACCCAGAUCCAGACAUUAUGUAAGGUCGUUGAGCUGCGUGGGUUGUUGCCCUGGCCUCUGAGCUUUGCUUUUUAGGGCCAGAGGUAACAGUAAAGUAAACCCUCAUGUUUGCUUUUAAUGUUUUGAGGAUUAAAAGAUGUCUUACAGGAGCCAAAUUAAUGCAGCAGGAGAUCAUCCUUUUUUUUUUAAAUGACAUUGUGAUUGUGGUUUAAUCCUCUCUGUCUCUCUCUUCACAAUCCUCCAGACAAUGUUUCAAUCCCCUGUAGCCCAGUGCUGAUUUAAAAGAGCUGCUUAUUGGUUGGUCAGCUUUAGACUGACAGUUUAAUGCUGGGAUACUGGAAUGAGAGUGUAAUUUAUAGCAUCUAUUCAGCCUUCCUGUUCACCGUUGUGGAUUAUAUGACUCUCGGACUCUAGAAUAAAAUGUGAUAUGUUUAUUAUAUUCAUAUUAAAUCAUAUUUCUUUGCUGAAUACAUUCCAUGGGUACGUCUAUGUGAUUAUUGUUGGUCCUCUCUUCCCACAGCUGCUUUAUUGGAAGUACUGUAGUAAUACUGUAGUAAUACCCUGAAGCAUUUAGCAUUAGUGUUGUUGAAGAGAGGUAGUAGAGUCUGAUAUUUGUAUACGUCUCUACUCUCUACAGACUACCAUAUGGUGAUCAACCUGAGUCAUGAAGGGUUGGUGAUCAGAACCAAGGAGAUGAAGGGUGUGAGCGGGGCCAACACCCCCUUCCUGUUUGACCUGCCCCCUGGUGAUGUCACUACACUGCCCCUCAUGAUGGAGUUCAUCGUCAUGCAGGAGCACGUCUACUCCAAUAACACGGUACUGGGGAGAGUUCUGAUUGGUUCAGAGGCUCCAGAGACGGGACGAUCUCAUUGGAGGGACGUGUGUAGCCAGGGUCAGGUGGAGAGGGCACGCUGGCACACCGUCCAACAAGAACCUUUGGAAAACAAUAAAAAACAAUCAGACUCCAGAACAUUGGGAUACUAACCAAAUAAGCGGACAGAUCCAGUUAGGGCCGGAUUACCGAAUGGGCACGUAGGAUUACCAGCCCCCCAGAUAGCUUAUGAUAGCAAAAUGUGUAGAAUAGCAGAAAAUUAGCUUCAAAACUGCAACAUUUUCUCAUAGCCUAGAUCCAACCAAUUAUACUCCAGAAUUCAGAGAUACCGACCAACCGGAACCUCUGUAGGACAUCCUCAGCCAAUCUCUGAUGUACUCUGGACAAUUCAAUCAGUUCACCUUUGGCCCUGAAGGACUCAAAACAAGCUGAGGAUAGCCAUACCAUGAGAAAAUCCAUUGGCUAGAAAGCCAUGAAGACCUCUUAACCACCAACAUUUUCCUGGGACUGAGCAGAUCAUAGACUGCUAAUAUAGCUGGAUGGAGUGAUACUGUACUAUGCAGGUAUCUGUUGAGCAUGACUGGAAGUGAACGUGAGCAUGACUUUGGAGAGAGACUUGAAAAGGAAAACUUUCAUGCUUUAAACUGGCAUUUGAACCGGAGAAUACAAGCACUGAAUAUGAUAGAAUCAUACCGCUUGGUGGAGGUACUGUAUAUAUGUAGCUGUGUACUGUAGAUACACUACAUGACAAAGAGUAUGUGGAC